UGUGUUGGAAACAGCCUGCCCUGCUGGUACAUUCGGAAGCUUUGUUCCAGGAGCUCCGGCCCGAACAAGUAUCUCUCUAAGAAGCCUUGUGAAACAAAUCUCCAAUGUUGACAGUGACCUUUCAAUGACCUCUUUUAAAGAAACAUCUUCAGAAAAGCUGAAAGUCACCAAAAUUAUCUUUGUAAUUGGGGGCCCAGGCUCUGGUAAAGGCAGUCAGUGCGAGAAAAUGAUGGAGAAAUAUGGCUUCACACAUCUGUCGACAGGAAAUCUCCUGCGGAAAGAGAUCAGCAAUGAAACAGAGCGAGGAAACAAGAUCAAGAAGAUUAUGCUUGAAGGAGGCCUGGUGCCUUUGGGAACGACCUUAGAGAUUCUGAAGGAUGCAAUGUUGGAAAACCUGCAGGAGACCAAGGGCUUCAUGAUAGAUGGAUACCCUCGAACUUUAAAACAGGCUGAAGCCUUCGAUAAAUCUUUUACACUUCCCACUGUUGUGCUGCUCAUUGACUGCAGCCCUGAAGUUAUGAAGGAAAGGCUGAUUAACCGUGGACAGACCAGUGAGCGGUUUGAUGACAACGAAGUGACUAUAGCCAAACGGGUAGAAUCUUACUUUGUCGACUCUGUACCUGUUGUGAAACAUUAUGAUGCUAAAGGACUUCUGAAGAAGAUCCAAGGAGAAGGAACAGAGGAUGAUGUUUUCCAAAGUAUCACUGCGAUUAUUGACGAACUCUAACAGCCUAAGACUGUAGUUGGAAAACCCCCUACAGGAACUGACCUGGGAUCAGAUCACCCACAGUUUACAUCGAGUUUUGUUUUCGUGACUGCUUAGGAGGAUUUACCAGGAUCAAC